AUGUUUCGUAAGAGCUAUUCCUUUGCUAAAGCAAUGGGUUGUUGCAGCUGUUUUGGGUUCCUCAGGAAGCCCAAGCGAAGAUCCGUGCCCAUUUGCGGCGGGAGGAAUUAUAAUAAUAAGAAUAAUAAUCUCUCCCAGGAAUUUUUGUUGGAUGGUGAAAUUGAUGAUGAUGGGGAGGAUGAUGGUUCUUUUAAUGGUGACAUUACUGGCACCAGUUAUUGUGAUGAUGCUGAAAUACCGAAUCAUGCAAAACGCUCUGAAGAGAUUUUAAGACUUAGGGAGCUGAAUGGACUGAUUUGCAGGCAAUUUCCUGUCAAGGAAACCCAACGUCUUGUUCGCUCUGAGGAUGAAAAUGGUAAUAAGAUGGUCAAUGAAUAUGUUCGCCAGUAUAAGAUUGGUGCUGGUAGCUAUGGCAAAGUGGUUUUGUAUCGAAGCAGUAUAGAUGGAAAGCAUUAUGCAAUUAAGGCCUUUCAUAAGUCUCAUUUGUUGAAGCUGCGGGUUGCUCCAUCAGAGACUGCAAUGACUGAUGUUCUUCGUGAGGUAUCUGCUUCUGCUUACUCUCUUGUUCUGUAG